AUGCUGGAACGGAUCUCAUGUUUAAGAAAAAAGUUUUGUAUAUCCAAGAGAAGAGUAGAAAUUGUUUUCAAAUUGGCAAUUUCCAGUUGCAUAUGGCAUAUUGGUAAGAAUGGAAUAUGCCUUUUCAUAAUAAUUGAAAAAGAAAGAAAACGAUUGUUAACUGGUAUCUCUCAGUUAAUCAUAUCCUUUUUAUCAUCAUCAAUAGUGGUAGUGUUUUUUUAUAAUUCGAAUUUCGAAUCGGAAAGCAAAAAGCCUAAUCAAAACGGUAACUGUGGACGAUAA